CGGGGCAGCGCGCUGCAAAGGGAGCGCUCCUGCCGGGGCUCCGGCCGCAUCGCCGCCGCCUUCGGGAUGAGGGACUACGACGAGGCGACGGCCUUCCUGGGCGAGUGGGGCCCCUUCCAGCGGCUGGUCUUCUUCCUGCUGAGCGCCAGCAUCAUCCCCAACGGCUUCAACGGCAUGUCGGCCGUCUUCCUGGCGGGGACCCCCGAGCACCGGUGCUCGGUGCCGGCGGCGGCCAACCUGAGCGCCGAGUGGCGGAACCACAGCAUCCCGCUGGAGGCGCGGGGCGCGGGGCGGGGGCCCAGCCGCUGCCGCCGCUACCGGCUGCAGGCCCUGCGCAACUUCUCCGCCCUGGGGCUGGCGCCCGGCACCGACGUCGACCUGGCCCGCCUGGAGCAGGAGAAGUGUCUGGACGGCUGGGACUACGGCCGCGACGUCUACCUGUCCACCGUCGUCACCGAGUGGGAUCUGGUGUGUGACAACGACUGGAAGACUCCUCUCACGACGUCCCUGUUCUUUGUGGGCGUGCUCAUCGGAUCCUUCAUAUCGGGACAACUCUCAGACAGGUUCGGCAGGAAGAGCAUCCUCUUUGCCACCAUGGCCGUGCAGACGGGCUUCAGUUUCCUGCAGAUCUUCUCCGUCAACUGGGAGAUGUUCACCGUGCUGUUUGUCAUCGUUGGCAUGGGCCAGAUCUCUAAUUACGUCGUGGCUUUUAUUCUAGGAACAGAAAUUCUUGGCAAAUCAGUUCGCAUUAUAUUCGCUACGUUAGGAAUUUGCAUAUUUUUUGCAAUUGGCUACAUGUUGCUGCCCCUAUUUGCUUACUUCAUCAGAGACUGGCGGAUGUUGCUACUGGCUCUUACAAUACCGGGGGUGUUCUGCGUGCCGCUGUGGUGGGUCAUCCCAGAGUCGCCCCGGUGGCUGAUUUCCCAGGGAAGAUUUAAAGAGGCAGAAGCCAUCAUCCGCAAGGCUGCAAAAAUGAAUAACGUGGCAGCCCCGGAGAUUAUAUUUGAUCCUCUGGAGCUACAGGAGCUAAAACCCCAGGGCCAUCAGAAGGGUUACUUCUUGGACUUGUUCAGAACUCGCAAUAUUGCCACCAUCACCGUUAUGUCUCUGCUGCUUUGGAUGCUCACAUCAGUGGGUUACUUCGGUCUCUCCCUCGACACCCCGAAUUUGCACGGGGACCCCUACCUGAACUGCUUCCUGUCGGCCAUGAUUGAGGUCCCAGCCUACGUCAUAGCCUGGCUGCUGCUGCGGGCCCUGCCCCGCCGUUACAUAAUCGCCGGGACGCUGUUCAUGGGGGGUAGCGUUCUUCUUCUAGUUCAGCUCGUGCCCAAAGAUUACAAUUUCCUGUCCCUCGUGCUGGCGAUGCUGGGGAAAUUUGGAAUCACCUCUGCAUUCUCGAUGCUUUAUGUCUUCACCGCCGAACUCUACCCAACCAUAGUCAGAAACAUGGCAGUAGGGGCCGCCUCCAUGGCCUCCAGAGUGGGCAGCAUCAUCGCUCCAUACUUUGUUUAUCUUGGUGCGUAUGACAGAGUCCUGCCUUACAUCCUCAUGGGGAGUUUAACGGUGUUGAUUGGGAUUGUGACCCUGUUGUUUCCAGAAAGCUUUGGAAUGAUUCUACCGGAGACAUAUGAGCAGAUGCAGACGGUGAAAGGAUUGGGUUCCAAAAAACCCCUGCAGAACGCCGUCAAACGAGAGAAGAAUCCCCAGGUUACGAUAACGCCAUUCUGAUUGGUCAUCUCCCACGCAACCGGCCAAAAAGCAGACCAGCAGGACUAUGGGGCAGUAGGGCCACCUCCUCACUGAAGAAAUGGGGCUGCUGACAGUUUUGAUGGCCCGAGGUUACGAGAGGAUUUUCUAUUCAUUGAGUCAUGGCCCUGCUCUUCCAGGUUCCGUACUCAUUAUCUCAAAACUGAAGGUCUUCAGAGGACACCCAGUAGUGACUGUCUAACCUGCUGUUUGUGUGUGUAAGAGAGACUGGCCAGUGUCGGGGUGGGGAUUCCUGAACGACUUCCAGCCUGGACCACCAAUGCUCACUGUAGCUGGGGCUCAGGCCGCUUAGUGGGGGACUUUUCGCAAUUCCAAGUUGGCUGAAAAGCCAGCGCUCAAACUGUUGGUUUGUUAGGGUUUCAGUUGGGGAGAGGGUGUUUACCAAGUCAAGCGUUGACAUGGACAUUCGCAAUGCAGUGAGCUUUCUUAGAAUUAUUGGCCUUUAUAUAUAUACAUAUAUAUAUCUACAUGUAUGUAUGUAUAUGUGUAUGUAUAUAUUUUUCAUCACUGGAGACCCUCAUCUGAGCUCUGGGAAGUGUUUUAUAGGCAGCGAGUCCAGCAGCCUGAGGCAGAAGGUGAUGGGUGUGUAGCGAGCGUGAUGUGGUUUGUCCAUGAAGAUACAUCCCAGAUUCCGGUCAAGAGGGGGCCCUCACACCCCGCUGCCCCCCGAUUGAUCUAAAGUGGAUGAAACCCCUGGAUUCCAGUCUCCUGAUCCAGCUCCCAGCACUCCCCCAACCUAGGCUAGUUCCCAGGUCUCUGCCUAAAGAACACUCCAAACUUUCCACUAAAUUCACUAUGGACCUUGAACGAACCAGUUCGGAAAGAUUUCCGGGUAAACGCCUAACUCUGUUGUACACUGAAAUGAGGUCAGAUGCAAAUUCCCCCAACUCAGUGGACUGGUGCCAGGCUGCUCAGCAUUAGCCAGGAAGUUCCGGGCACCCCACUGCAGAGAGGCGACACUCAGCGAGCAUCUGGAAGCCACUCUCUGCUUUUCAAAGCUGCUUCCUUUCAGGGAGAAGUUGACCUUUCCUUGAUCGGAACCAUCUGACUAUGCCUCGUCUAACCGAUUGGAUGGCAGUUGGUUUUGGAACAAAAUGAAAGCUGUCUUCUGCUGUCAGAGCUCACUCCAGGAGCAACUAUUUCUAGCUUAGAAAACAUGGGUCCGCUUUAUGCCCCGCCCUUGGUUUGACAGGCAGCCGUCAGUCAAUCAUAUUUAUUGAGCGCUUACUGUGUGCAGAGUACUGUACCAAACUCUUGGGAGAGUACACGACAAUAAAACAGACACAUUCCCCGCCAUUUCAUCCUUACGUUGACUCAAUGGUCACGAUUUCUAACGGUUGAUUUGGACAUCGGGCUUUUGUUAGCUAAGUACUUUCUGGAUCAACAAUUUCCCCUUUCAAAUAGUUUUAUUAAGAAUUGGAAAAGUGGUCUGUUGUCUUCUGGCAACACACUCCUCAUUGUUUCAUUCCUUGACGCUUCCCGUGCUGGUGGAUUGCAGGUUUCUCCUGACCCUCCCCUGCACCACAACCCUCCCUGCACCACAGCCCCGUCACAUCACCACCCUCCCCACACUCCUAUCCUCCCUGCAAAGAAAUUCACCAGGCAUCUUUCCCAACAUGUUUCUCAUUACCAAAGUAUUUUUGAAGGGUUCUUUGAAGAUCCUUUGAUGCCGCAUUUAGGUAAGCCGUUCUGGCCAUUUCAGAGUCCUGGUAGCCUUUGAUGUCAAUUAUCAAUUGUCAGUCCCCGUAGAGUGACUUGUCGCCAUGGGUACCAUGGCCAGAGUUUUUAUAAAAAAAUUUUCUAGACUAAUCUUGUUUUACCUGAUUGUGAAAGUGUCUAUUUCUAAAAUGGAUUAAAAUGGUUUCUAAUCCCAUUUCCCUCA